AUGGCAGACAACGACAACCCCGGCAACUUCGCUAACCGCCCCAAGGAGGAGGUUCAAAACAUUGCCGCCAAGGGUGGCAAGGCCAGUCACAGCGGCGGCUUUGCUUCCAUGGACCCUGAUAAGCAGCGUGAAAUAGCGUCUAUGGGUGGAAAAGCUUCGGGAGGAUCUUUUGAACCUGGCAGUGAGAAAGCUCGCGAGGCGGGCCGCAAGGGUGGCUCUCAGUGA